UUCAGGGGAUGCUUAAAGGGGGCCGGCCGCGCCCGGUGCAUUGUGGGAGCCGCUCGCGGCCCGUUUUCCGGGAGGAGGCGGAUGGCGCAAAGCAAGAACCCGGCCAACCUGCAGAGGGAGGGGUGGGGGUGAGCUGUGAGGAGAGCAGGCCCAAAAGCCAUGUCUACGGGUGAGUCCUUUAACCCGGAAAGUUACAAAUUGGACAAGAGCUUCCGGCUAACCAGAUUCACUGAACUGAAGGGCACAGGCUGCAAAGUGCCCCAAGAUGUCCUGCAAAAAUUGCUGGAAUCUUUACAAGAGAACCACUUCCAAGAAGAGGAGCAGUUUCUGGGAGCCGUUACGCCAAGGCUUGGCAUUGGAAUGGAUACUUGUGUCAUUCCUUUGAGGCACGGUGGGCUUUCCUUGGUUCAAACCACAGAUUACAUUUACCGGAUCAUAAACGACCCUUCCGUGAUGGGCAGGAUAGCACGUGCCAACGCCUUCAGUGACCUCUACGCAAUGGGAGUCACAGAUUGUGACAAUAUGCUGAUGCUCCUUGGAGUCAGUAAUAAAGUGACCGACAGGGAAAGGGAUAAAAUGAUGUCUCUGGUUAUCCAGGGUUUUAAAGACGCAGCUGAGGAAGCAGGAAUGUCUGUAACGGGCGGCCAAACCAUACUAAACCCCAUGAUUGCCCUGGGAGGAAUUGCUACCACUGUCUGUCAGCCCAAUGAAUGUAUCAUGGCCAGCCCCAAGUUGGACCAGCAACAGGGGCUGGUGUCAUCUCCUGGGAUCUGUGAGGCAGCAGCUGAAGGACGAAUAAAUUUGAAGUUGGAGAAGACCUACACAUGCACCACAUGGCUAACCUACAGAACCCUGGAGAUACAGUAUUAGAGUCCAGCCCCUCUGACAAUCCAGAGGUAUCUACUGAGCAUUUUAUUCAACAAUACCGUUCAUGCUCCUUAAUGACAGCACAGCCGGCCAGCCUCAUCUAACAAUAAAAUUUUGAGUACAACUAUACUGCCAAGGGAGAGACUCUUUUAUUCUAAAAUUAUUUCAGCCAUUUGGUUGCCCUCUUCAGUAAUCAGUUUAAGAAAUUGGGGCCGGGCGCGAUGGCUCACGCCUGUAAUCCCAGCACUUUGGGAGACC